UAUUUCAGAAAUUAAAUAUGGCGCUAAACCUAGCUCCGUGUCCUCCCUCCCUGAAACCUAUUCAGCAUUAUCUAAAGACUGCUACAGAGCAUGAGACAAGGGAUCCUGUAAUAGCUUACUGGUGCAGGCUUACAGCUCUACAAACAGGACUAGGACUAGAUAAAUCUUCUAAGGAAGCUUUAGCAGUUCUACUACCACUGAUGGACUGGUUGGAGAAAACUAAGAAGGAAAUGGCCGGGAACGAGGCUGUUUCUAACGAAGUUGUUGCAUCUGCUCAUAUAGAGAAUCACGCCAUGAAGCUGUUCCUCUGGGCAGACAAGGAGGAUAGAGCGGCAAAUUUUAACAAAAAUGUCGUUAAGGCGUUCUACUCUAGCGGAAUGCUGUUUGAUGUUCUCACAACCUUUGGGGAACUAACCCCUGAAGUAACGCAUCACAAGAAAUACGCAAAAUGGAAAGCUGCGUAUAUACACAAUUGUCUGAAGAACGGGGAAACCCCGGUNAAACUCGUUGCAUUAAGUAUGAUAUUCCAGGCCGCCCAGCCAGCUGUACCUGUUAAUCCAAUCAAUAACUUCAACACUCUUAAUAUUCAACCAUCGGGGUCUGGUAUAAAGCUGAGUGUAGAACAGGCUGCUAAGGCUCAGAAGUACUGCAAGUAUGCUAUCAGUUCUCUAGACUAUGAUGAUCUUCCAACAACUAUUCUUAAUCUUAACAAGGCGUUACAUCUGUGCCAGACAGGGACAGAACUGCAGUAGAGAAUACGCAUAUUCGCAUCAUCAAACUUAACAAGGAUAUAUUAUGUUAAAUAUCAAAAUAUGAAACUCCCAUUGCUUGAAGGAAUUAUCCCUUAUUGAGACUUAUAUAAAUUAUUGUAUUAUUGUAACUAUUGGGACAUGUGAUUGUUAAAUUUAUUUUGUAUUUAAUUAAUAAUAUUAUGCAAAUAUUUUGGCAUUAUCUAAUCUAUUGUUGCUGAUUCUUAGCUACCAACGUAUAACACCAUUUAUUAUACAUUUUUCGAAAUGUGUAAUCUGUAAUUAAUAGAUUAAGUGAAACUUUGGCUCUCGCUUUUACGAGUUAAUUCAAAGAAAAUUCAUAAAGCCGGUUCCCCAUCAUAAUACACUUCGAUACGCUCGCAUCAAAAUUCUUUAAAUUCUUUGUUAUGUCAGUAUUUUUACUGAUUAAAAGGAGCGGAGUAAAGAAAGUGAAGGCAAAAGAGAAUUUGUGAGGAUAGGGGUGAUUAGACAAAUUAUUAGACAGAUUAUAUAGAUAUAAAUGUUUUUUAAAAUUUUACUUACGAAGUAUUUGUAGGAUAGCUCUAGAAUUAUAGUUUUAUCUUUACCAAACCACAUUUAUUCAACAAAUUUUCUAGAUGCAAAUACUUGUAAUUUAUAAACAUAAAACGUCCUUCGGACAAUUAAUUAUAAAUUAGAGACUAAGGUUAAUAUAUAUAUAUCAAAUAUAAUAAGAAAGUUUCGCUUCAAAUCAGCUGAUUUAGAACCGUACACUGUUACUGUGGGAAGUUUCUCCGCCAUAGAAAGAUCGUGACAGAUUUUUUACGGAUUUCACCUUUUUCUUUUUUAUUUACCAAGUGCAUGAAAUGUGAUCGAAUUAAAAAUGAUCCUGCGUGGAUCUAAUUGGUUAUUAUCUAAACAUUUCAUACGUUUGCCGUUUUUACACUUAUUUUUAGGAUCCGGCGGCCUCGUAUAACGAUAUGGAAUGGAUUCAGUAAUUUUUCAACUUCAUGUUCCAGAAAA